AUGAAGUUUCGUUUUUUAUGUUGUCUAUACUUGUUGACAAAUGUGUAUGGAGCGGAGAAAGCUUCCGGUAUAUCUCAGUUUUGGACGGAGGACUUCAAAGUAUUCGAUCAAGUCUACGGUAGGACGUCGGAUAAGGACCUUUAUGGUGAAAAACUUCCACCAACUGUUACUUACAAUGUUGAUAUCACCAAACCAAUACAUUUGACCGACAAAAAAGAAAUUUACACCAAGGAAAAACUUAAUCCAUUAGUUUAUAGCGACUUCAAUAACCCAAAUAUUCUGAAUUAUGUCUAUACAAAGAAGAAACCCGCUUUACAAUUCAUCAGUCUAUCAAACUUGAAGUCUAUCAGCGAAGCAAACGAUCCGGAAACAUAUAACUAUUUGAAACAUUUGGAGGAAAUGACCAAAAAGAACAGAAUUACACAGAAGAACACAUUAGAAAACGAUUCAGACGCGGAAGUUGAUGAGGCGUAUAGAAGCAUCCAAGAGAUUCUGGACGCCCAUGAAGCGAACAAACAAGAAUCUGCUGAUUCCGACGAAAGACCACACAAGACACAAAACGAUUUGAAAUAUUUAAGAGGCAGGAACAGGAAUAAAGUGAGACAAAUAAAUGGGAACAGUCUGAAGUCGCGACAACCUACUAGGUUCAGAAAAUCUCCGUCAACUGUCCACGUGGCUUCACGACCAUAUUUGAGGAAAAUACGCUAUCAUUACACUAGCUAG